UUCCUUGGUAACAAGAAGCUUGCUUGGAGAUGCCUGUUUAACUUGUAGCUAGGUAUUCCUUCGAGGGAAUUUCAUGAAUUGUGAUGAAACGGCGCUUGUCUGUGACAGCAACGGACGAGAAAAUUGAACCGGGAAGCUAACGUUGUUUUUGCGGCUAACUGAAUCGGCUAAUUCCGUUCAGCGCGCCAUGAAUCUGCUAGCCAAAUGAGUUUUAGCUGUUUGUGUUCACUUUGCGUCCUCCUAGUCCUGUUUGGACGUUUAGCGCUCCCUGCCACAGAGUUAGGGGUCACUUCUUCUCUCAACUCCACCCCAACAUAUGGGGUUUCUUUCGGGUCUCCUACCCCACCUCCGGGUGUUACUGGGACCCCGGAGGAUGCCACGCAGCUAUCCGCGUCAGAGACACCGACUGCGGUCACAGAAACUCGGUCUCCUACCACCGAACAGACCGUGGUGUCUACUGAGGCCUGUCUCUGUGAUCUGACGCCUGACUUCUGCGAUCUUGGUUGCUGCUGCGACACAGCUGAUUGUGAUGUUGCCAACCUCACCACAGUCUUCACUGGCUGUCCGAAAAAAGAUGUGAGCGGAGUUUGCAUUGAGAAAUGGCUGAUGUUCAGAGCCAACGUGAAUUCAUCACGGGUCACAGUGACUGACACCUUGUUUUGUAUCCAGGUGGAAGCAGCUGAUGCACCCAGGUCUCCUCCUGCUCCGACUCACUUCCUACCAGUAGGUGAUUCCUAUGAUUUCUCACCUCCAGGACAAGCGAUUGCAAGACACAGCAGAGAUUUUUACAGGGUUGAUGAUGUUAUCCAGACGUUUUUCUCCAAAUCUUCUGUUCGAGGGCUGCUCCGUCAGCCGUCUCCAGGCGUUGCAUCUGCCUUCUGCUUCAGCCGUAACCCUGCAAAGUUUCUGAGAUCUUCGUCGCUGUCUUGUACCCGCAUGGUGACCUCUGAUUCAUGCACCACUGACCCAAACCUCAGAGCCAGCUCUUACUUUUCAAACAUGAAUCUCAUAAAGGUUCCAACGGCUGCGGCUGCAAUUCCAUCUGAUCUUUUGAUCCCAGUAACCCCGCUCUCUGACUGGCCUGCACCAGUCAAUAGAAACGGCUCCUGUAUGAAUGUGGUGAAAAACGUAGAGUUUACUGUUUAUUUCACGGCUAGAGGGGAGAUAACAAAUGGAAUAAUCAACAUAAAAUUGGCCGACGUGGUUCUGGACCAGCUGGUGCUCCAGACGCACUCUGUACAAUAUCAGCUUGCCACACCCAGACCAACUCCGGCAGAACCAGCGCCCCCUACUGGACUCAGACUGGGAUCUGCUCUUAUCGGCCGUUUUAAUGGAGAGCUGCAAACUUUGACAUCACUUGGCGUUUCAGAGGGUGGGGAGUGUUCCUCAGAUCCCAGCACACGAUUGCCUGUCCUCUUUACACACAACACAAUCACUGGCUGCACAUUAAGUUCCCCUACUCAGAACUGUACUGAGCUUCGAUCGCAUAUUUAUGAGACGCUACGAGGAUCCGCUGCUCCCGAUGUGAUCGCCAUGAACUCAGGCUCCCAGCCAGACUGGACGCGAGUCAUCACACAGGAGUGUCCGAUCAAUCCACAGGAGUCAGGUGACUCAGGCUGCACCAUCCCACACUCUCUCUUCAUCCAGGUACUGUGGGCUCGCCAGGGAUUCAUUGAACAUCCUCAGAACUUCAUCCUGGGAGCCAAAUUUCUCUUCCAUUGUCAAAACGUUCAGGUUCCUUUAUCAUCUCCUCUCACCCUGAUGGCUAAAACUGUGUUUGUGGAAACCACAAUUUACCCAGAACCCCCCAGGGGGGUCCCUCAGCCUCACUGGAGGUUUCCAUUUGGCUUCUUUACCAGAGGAGCUGCGGAGCUGGAUGGCCAUGUGGUUACAGGCAGCAGCGGUGCUCAGAGGGUCUCAUUGGGUUUGAUGCUGUUGUUAGUGGGGUUAACAUUCUUCAAAACAAAAACUUUGACGUAGCAAAUAGUGAAAUUUAUGUAUAAAUGUUUUAUUUUGCAGCUAUUUUAUACUAUAAACAGUACACUGUUUUAAAUAAUAAAAGGGUCAAAGUC